GCAGCGCCUGGGGGCGGCCGCCGUUGCUACCGCCUCCUCCUCCUCCUCUUACUUUCCCUCCCCUCCCCCUCAACCCCGCUGGCGGCACUGCGCCGCCGGGUGGAGAGGACUGGUAACUGUACCCGGGCCCCUCCUUUCUCACUAGGCCGGCCGGCUUUCUCCUAAGCAUGGGCAAAAGGACUUCUUUGUACUUCUUGUGACAACUUCUCCGGGCUUGAGAGAUUCAUGGACUUCUGUGAUCUCUUGAGGUGGAGUAUUGUGAUGUUUUCUAAAACGGACCCCCAUGGCUUGGGAGGAACAUCUUAGUCAUGAAGAGGUUAGGGGUGAGAAAUGGAGUCGACAUAUCUUCAAAAGUGCCUUGGGACGUGUCUAACUCAAGGUCUUGCAGAAGUGGCGAGAAUUCGCCCAGUGGAUCCAGUAGAAUAUUUAGCAUUGUGGAUUUACAAAUAUAAGGAAAAUGUGACCAUGGAGCAGCUGAGACAGAAGGAAAUGGCCAACCUGGAGUGUGAGAGAGAACUGGCUUUGAUAGAGCAGGAAAUGAUGGAGAGGCUCAAAGCAGAGGAGCUCCUGAUUCAGCAGGAGAUGGGAAUGAAUAUAGAAAACAUACCUACGAGUGAAGAUAGUUCACAUUCAGAGGAUAUAACACCAGACUCAGGCAAAACGCUAGCUGAAAUUAGCGAUCGAUACGGGGCACCUAACCUGAGCAGAGUGGAAGAACUUGAUGAGCCAAUGCUGUCUGAUACCCCUCUGAGCUGGCUUCCCUCUGAGGACUGUGCUAGUUUCCGAGAACACAAACCAGUGUGAGAGGCGGUCAGUGCCGUUGAAACGCACUCUUCCAGAUGGCGGGCAAAGGCACAAGCAAGCAGAUAAAUCAGGACACAAGCUCCAAAGGGCCAGUUUGGUAGGUAGUGCCAUUAACUUUUUACAUGGAGAGACGCCACCUAGAGCUGCAUGGAAGUGAAAGACUCCGAGCAAACGACACCCACACAAGAACAAAGGUGCAGAAUUGAUGGUGGCUGGGCAGGAGGAACAUGUGAGCAGAGCAGUGUAGAUGGGAACGCCCUCAGGAAGUUUGAAGAAUAGUAGGUCUGGGCAGGGGUCUGGGGGAGGGAGGUUGAGCAACGUCAGGUCUGGACCAGGUUGUGAAGCACAUUACAUCCCAAGCUAAGAAGUUUAAACCGUGUCUGCUGACAACGGGAGUGGAAAUGAGAUCUGCACGUGGACAAACUUCACUGGGAAUGAGGGAUGAGGAUGUGUCCCUCUGUCACAGGGAGAAGUUUUAAGAGGUUUUAAAGGAUGGUAUUUAGGCUGCUGUUGUCCUAGUCUAGGCCUGAGGUAAUGAGGGUCUGAGCCUGGGUCGUGGCAGUGGAAAUGUACUCCAUGAACAUUUGUCUUGGGUUGACCACGCACGCGCCAAGAACUGAACUAGGUUCUUAUGGGGAACAUGAAUGUGAGCGAUUGAUGGUCCUGCCUCCCCCGUCCCUCACAGGGAGAAAGUGAGUGAUGGGUCUGACACAUUCCAGAGGUGGACUUGGAAGCUGAUUGAAUGGACGUGGAGGGCACAGGAAAAACCUGGACCUGGAACCUUGACAGGGCCAUUGAGGGCUUGGGGAGAUGAGGCGGGGGCACUGGUGUGAGGUAGGGAUGGACACCUGGCCAGCUGGG